UAAUACAUUAUCUGAAGGGACACGAGGAAAUCUCAAUUUCAAUUGCACCACAUAUUUUCUGUGUAUUCUGUCUAUAUAAAGAACACUAUAACUCUGGAGUAAAUUAGGGUCAGAAUGGAGAAAGGAGAAGAAGAAUGCAAAGCUCAUUGCUUAAUCUUGCCAUUUCCUCUCCAAGGUCACAUAAAUCCUAUGCUCCAAUUUGCUAAGCGUUUGGGGCAUAAAGGAAUCAAAAUCACACUAGCUACAACAAAAUAUUUAUUCAAGACUAUGCAACAAUCUUCAGUUACUGUUUCUGUCGAAACAAUUUCCGAUGGAUACGAUGAAGUAGGAUUUAAAGGAGAGAACGCAGAAGAAUAUUCAUCUCGUUUUCGACAAGUUGGGACCGAAACAUUGGAAGAACUUAUCGAAAGGCUUAAAAGCUCAGGCUGCCCUGUUGAUUGUAUAAUUUACAACGCAUUUCUUCCGUGGGGUCUUGAUUUAGCCAAGAAACUCGGAUUGCUUGGCGCCGCGUUUUUCACUCAGUCUUGUGCUGUGGAUCAUAUAUACUACCAUGCCUACAAAGGAGAUGUGAAACUUCCACUUUCAGAGAGUGAAAUUUUGCUUCCUGGAUUGCCUCCAUUGAAGCCCUGUGAUAUGCCUUCCUUUUUAUAUGUUUAUGGAUCAUAUCCUCCUCUAAAAGACAUCGUUGUUAACCAAUUCGAAAAUACCGAGAAAGCAGACUGGCUACUUUUCAAUACCUUCUACAAGUUGGAGGAAGAGGUGAUUGAUUGGAUGGCAAAGUAUUCACCGGUGAAAGCGAUUGGACCGACCAUACCAUCGAUGUAUUUAGACAAGCGUCUCAAUGACGACAGAGAAUACGGUCUUAGUUUCUAUAAACCAAUGACUGGCGCCUGCAUGGAAUGGCUCGAUAAACGAGAAUCUGCAUCAGUAGUUUAUGUUUCAUUUGGAAGCAUGGCACAAUUAGGAAUGAAGCAAAUGGAAGAAUUGGCAUGGGGCUUAAGUAUGAGCAAUAAGUACUUUUUAUGGGUUGUUAGAGCAUCGGAAGAGUCGAAACUUCCGAAAAAUCUCGCCGAAGAAACUCAUGAGAAAGGGCUAAUAGUGUCAUGGUGUCCUCAAUUAGAUGUUUUGGCACAUAAGUCAGUCGGUUGUUUCAUUACACAUUGUGGGUGGAAUUCUAUAUUGGAAGCACUGAGUUUGGGAGUCCCAAUGGUGGCAAUGCCUCAAUGGACAGAUCAAAGCACCAACGCAAAAUACGUUAUGGAUGUUUGGAAGAUGGGAAUUCGAGCAGCGACGGAUGAGAAUGGGAUAGUUACCCGGGAAGCGAUUUAUCUUUGCACGAAGCAAGUGAUGGAAGGCGAGACAGGCGAAGAGAUCAGGAAAAAUGCCAUCAAAUGGAAGGAAUUGGCUAGAGAAGCUGUUGAUGAAGGUGGAAGUUCUGAUAAAAACAUUGAAGAGUUCGUCUCUAAAUUGGUCCGUUCUUAGUUAUGAUUCAUUGUUUUCUUACUAUGGCUUGUGUUGGUUGUAUAUGUAAGAUGUGGCCCAUGUGGUUUUAUAAUUUUUAUAUAAAAAUUACUUUAAAAAGUAAUUUAACCUUUUAAGCUCUUCACGUGUCAAAAAAGAAAAAAAGGAAAAUUUGUAGAAUUUGUCGA